AUGGCGGGGCUGAGGUCAGCUCCGGGGAGCAGCCCACCCUCCCUGCCCAAACACCUGGGUUCCCUUCUAGCGCAGGAGGACGUGGAAGCCCCCAGCCCCACACAGGACCCCUCGGCCAGGCGCAUGUUCCCGUUCCUCAGCUUCAACCUCUCGGGGCUCAACCCCGUGGCCCACUACAGCGUCUGCGUGGACGUGGUGCUGGUGGACCAGCAUCACUGGCGCUACCAGGGCGGCAAGUGGGUGCAGUGCGGCAAAGCCGAGGGCAACAUGCCAGGUAUGGCCCCCCGCCCCCCCAUCCCCUUCCUCCUCCUCCUCACGGUGCAGGGGAUCACCCAGCUGAAGAUUGACCACAACCCCUUCGCCAAAGGCUUUCGGGACAACUUUGACUCGAUGUACACAGCCUCGGAGGGCGACCGCCUCACCCCAUCUCCGCCAGAGGGUCCCGGCUGCCAGCAGCUCCUGCCAGCCCCCCGCUUCCAACCCUUCCUGCCCGAGCAGUACCCGCUGCCCCCCGGGCGCUUUUUUGGGGGGGAGCGGGGGGCUUCAUUGCCCCUACCACCCAAGGACCCCCCACGCUGGUACUUCACCCCCCCGCAGCCGCCCACCGCCACCGGGGCCUUGGAGUACGGUGGCUACGAAGCGGGGUACGGGGGGGCCAAGCUGGUGCCCUACGGGGUGAAACCCUUUGCCCUGCCACCCGCCCCCCACCCCUCCUUGUCCUACUACCCCGAGGGGCCGGGAGGUUUCGGGGCUGGGGGGGGCUGGAGCCCCGGGCAGUACGGCCCUAAGGGCAGCCCCGGAGCUCUGGGCUGGUACCGGGAGCCCCGGGAAGAAAAGGGGAAGGAGGCGGAGGGCUGGCCCCCCGAGCCCCCCGCCGCCACCUCGGGUGACUCCUCGGACUCGGGGCUGUACGAGUGCAAACGGCGGCGGGUGUCCCCGUACCCCUCCAGCGCCGAGAGCUCCCCCCCACCCCGCAACGGAGACCUCUACGACAAGGACCCGGGUGCCGACGGUGGCUACUAUGGCUUCUACGGCAACUGA